CUAUGCAACAUAUGGACACUCUGGAGGUACAUUUAGUCAAUUUCUCUGAGUAAAUUAGAUCCAUAAAAACUGCAUUUCUAGCUAAUCAUUUAUAAAGUAGUGAUGUGUUUGUGUAAGUUUUGUUUCUGAGUUAAGGCUGUGUUUUCUGUCUGCAGCCUUCAUAUCGUCACCAGGCGGCUCUUCCUUCUCUUAAAGAUAUCGAACUACUAUUCAUGAAGCACUGCAACAAGAAACGCGUUUGCAAACCAUUGCACCUGUACAGGCUGCUGACGGAGGCCAUACAGGGAGGAGUGUUGGCUGGCAGUGAGAAGUACCUGGCUCUGGAACACUGCAAGAGCCUGGUGGUCCUCACGGAUGUUCAAGGCAACGCUAAUUUGGAGUGGUCAGAGUUCAAGAGUCUGUGGGACAAAAUCAGGAGGUGGACGGAUAUCUUCCUGGUGUUUGGCAAGAACAAAACAAAUCGUCUGGAGUACCAGGAGGUGGCCCCCGCUCUCAAGGCAGCAGGCAUCCAGGUGGACGACCUGAUCAUGCAGCUGGUUGGCCUCAGGUACACGGAGCCCGACAUGACCAUCAGCUACCCCGGCUUCCUGUUCCUGCUGAUGAAGCUGGAGACCAUGAUCC